AUGAUACUCAAAAGAAAACAAUCCUAUGGAGUUGUUGCUUCUAAGAAAUCAAAACUUAUUUUCAUAGUAGCUGUUAUGUUUUUUCAGUUAUCAUCAAUAACAAUUUACCGUUACUAUGCAAUAUCUAAAUUAUUUGAAGAAGAAUUCGUGGAACCUGAGAUAAUGUAUAAUAUGGACACAUUACGAAAAUGCACACAGUCUGAGAAUAAGUGGCUUCAGUGUAUUAAACAACUGAAUAAUUUAACCAGAGUAAGCAAUGCUAGAGUACGUGGAUUUGACUCAUCAGUUCGUUUAAUUCGUACACCUAUAAACUGCACAUUUUUGGAUAUACAGAUUCCAUUUAAAAUAAAUAAUAAACAUUAUUUAAAUGUAACUUUAAAUGAACGCUACAUACUACCUAGAAGUUCUUCAGUUGCUAAAAACGGAAAUCUGACUAUAAAAGCAGUCAGUACAAAUAGGCAUUGCCCAAAAUAUUUCAACGUGAAAGAAGCCUUAAAUGCUAUACACAAAGGUUUACCUCAGAAAGAAGAUAUAUCAAUUCUUGUUAGCUUAUUGAUAAUCGCCAUUUGUGAUUUAUAUUGA